AGGUGGCCAUGGGGCAUGAGGUGGAGGGCAUGAACAUCCUGGGCUUGGUGGUGUUCGCCAUCGUCUUUGGUGUGGCCUUGCGGAAGCUGGGGCCUGAGGGCGAGCUCCUCAUCCAUUUCUUCAAUGCCUUCAAUGACGCCACCAUGGUGCUGGUGUCCUGGAUCAUGUGGUACGCCCCCGUGGGCAUCUUGUUCCUGGUGGCCGGCAAGAUCGUGGAGACGGAGGACGUGGGGAUGCUCUUCGCCAGCCUUGGCAAGUACAUUCUGUGUUGCCUGCUGGGCCACGCCAUCCACGGGCUCCUGGUGCUGCCUCUCAUUUACUUCCUGUUCACCCGCAAAAACCCCUACCGCUUCCUGUGGGGCAUCGUGACGCCGCUGGCCACCGCCUUUGGGACCUCCUCCAGGUGCGCAACACUUCCGCUGAUGAUGAAGUGCGUGGAGGAGAAUAAUGGCGUGACCAAGCACAUCAGCCGCUUCAUCCUGCCCAUCGGCGCCACUGUCAACAUGGAUGGCGCGGCGCUCUUCCAGUGCGUGGCCGCGGUGUUCAUUGCCCAGCUCAACCGGCAACCCCUGGACUUCGUGAAGAUCGUCACCAUCCUGGUCACCGCCACAGCGUCCAGCGUGGGGGCAGCGGGCAUUCCCGCCGGAGGUGUCCUCACUCUGGCCAUCAUCCUCGAAGCAGUCAACCUCCCGGUCACCAAUAUCUCCUUGAUCCUGGCCGUGGACUGGCUAGUGGACCGGUCCUGCACUGUCCUCAAUGUGGAAGGUGAUGCUUUGGGGGCGGGGCUCCUCCAACAUUAUGUGGAUCGCACGGAGUCUAGAGGCUCGGUGCCCGAGCUGGUCCAGGUGAAGAGUGAGAUGCCUUUGAAUCCGCUGCCGGCCCCCAUGGAGGAAGGGAACCCCCUCCUCAAAAACUAUCGGGGGCCUGCUGGGGACGCUCCCACCCCUGAGAAGGAAUCGGUCAUGUAAACCCAGGCAGGACCUUCCCUGCCCUGGCACGGGCCACCUUGGACGCUGGAUCACGGGGAAUGGAUAAAUGGAUGAACUGGGCUUUGGACCUGCCUGUACACGCUGGGACCUGGGGCCCCAGUCUCUGCCCGGGCAGGCGAUUGGGG